UGUUCUGUUCAGGCGGCAGCAGUUGCUUCUCGGUGGUGUCUCGGCCAUGACACACAUUUGACAUGCCUUCCCUUAACUCACUCAUAGACUGUCUCUCUUGCCCUGCAGCAUGGACCAAAGAGAAAUUCUGCAGAAGUUCCUGGAUGAGGCCCAAAACAAGAAAAGUAACAAAGCGGAGUUUGCCAAUGAAUUUCUGAAGCUGAAAAAACAAUCUACCAAGUACAAGGCAGAAAAAACCUAUCCCACAACUGUGGCUGAGAGGCCUGAGAAUAUCAAGAAAAACAGAUAUAAGGAUAUCUUGCCAUAUGAUCAUAGCCGAGUAGAGCUGUCCUUGAUAACAUCUGAUCAGAAUUCCAGCUACAUCAAUGCCAGCUUCAUUAAGGGAGUUUAUGGACCCAAGGCUUAUAUUGCCACCCAGGGGCCCUUGUCUACAACUCUCCUGGACUUCUGGAGGAUGAUUUGGGAGUACAGUGUUCUGAUCAUUGUUAUGGCAUGCAUGGAGUUUGAAAUGGGGAAGAAAAAGUGUGAGCGCUACUGGGCUGAGCCAGGAGAGACACAACUCCAACUUGGCCCUUUCUCCAUAUCCUGUGAAGCUGAAAAUAGAAAAUCUGAUUAUAUAAUCAGGACUCUAAAAGCCAAGUUCAACAGUGAAACUCGAACUAUCUACCAGUUCCAUUACAAGAAUUGGCCAGACCACGAUGUGCCUUCAUCUAUAGACCCUAUUCUUGAGCUCAUCUGGGAUGUGCAUUUUUACCAAGGGGAAGACAGUGUUCCCAUAUGCAUUCACUGCAGUGCCGGUUGUGGAAGGACUGGUGUUAUCUGUGCUAUUGAUUAUACAUGGAUGUUGCUAAAAGAUGGGAUAAUUCCUGAGAACUUCAGUGUUUUUAGUUUGAUCCAGGAAAUGCGAACACAGAGGACUUCAUUAGUUCAAACUAAGGAACAGUAUGAACUGGUCUACAAUGCUGUAUUAGAACUAUUUAAGAGACAGAUGGAUGUUAGCAGGGAUAAACACUCUGGAACAGAGAUUCAAGCAAAGUAUUCAUUUCCUGAACAAAAUCCCACUCUAGGAGCAGACUCUUAUUCUCCUAAGUUACCAAAAGACAGCAUAAAUGAAGCAAAAAUAAUGAACCAACAGAACAAACUAAAGAUACGGGGGAAAACUGAAGAAGUUGCUUCCUUUGACCUCAAGACUUCUGAAAUAAGUGAAAAGGGUGCAUUAGUUUUGCACCCUGCUAAACAGAGCAGUUCUUUUGACUUUUUGGAGCUAAACUGUAGUUGUAACAAAAACGCUGACAAACUCGCGAAUUGGGAGACAAAGGCAUUUCCAAUAGCUGGGGAGCCUCUUCAGAAGCAUCAAAGUUUAGACUUGAGCACCAUUUUGUUUGGAACAUGUCCUAAUUCUAAACCUGUAAAUGCAGCAGGAAGAUAUUUUAAUUCAAAGGGGCCAAUAAUGAGGACCAAAUCAACUCCCUUUGAAUUGAUACAACAGAGAGGCACCAAAGAGUUGGACAUCAAGGAAAAUUUUCCUCAUUUGGAAUCUCAACUGCACAAUUCUUGUCUUGAGCAGGCUCAAAAAGUGAUGCAUGUUUCUUCAGCAGAACUGAAUUAUUCACCGCCAUAUGACUCUAAGCACCAAACGUGUAAUGCCUCUAAUGCAAAGCAGCAUGACUCUAGUGCUUCUAAGGUAUAUUCUUACAUGUCUUUAGUAGAAGAUCCUUAUUUUUCAUCAUUGUCUCCAAGUAUUGCUGGAUCUAAGAUGUCUCUUGAUUUACCUGAGAAGAAAGAUGGAACUGUUUUACCUUGUUGUUCAUUGCCAACAUCCUCUACAACCCUCUUUUCUUAUUACAAUUCACAUGAUCCUUUAGCACUAAAUCCUCCGACCAAUUUUCCCCCACCACUGAACCAAGAGACAGCAGCAAUAGCAACUUCUCUAAGGAUAGAUGACGAAAUCCCCCCUCCACUUCCUGAACGGACACCUGAAUCGUUUAUUGUGGUCGAGGAAGCUGAAGAAUUCCCACUGAGUGUUCCCAAAUCCUUAUCCUCAGCUGUAAAGGUAAAAAUUGGAACAUCACUAGAAUGGAGUGGAACAUCUGAAUCAAAGAAAUUUGAUGACUCUGUGAGACUUAGACCAACCAAGAGUGUAAAACUCCGGAGUCUCAAACCAGAUCUACAUCAAGAUCGUUCUUCUUCCCCGCCACCUCCACUCCCAGAAAGAACCCCUGAAUCCUUCUUUCUUGCUGAUGAAGAUUGUAUGCAGGCUCAAUCUAUAGAGACUUAUUCUACUAGCUGUCCUAAUACCAUGGAAAAUUCAACAUCUUCAAAACAGACAUUGAAGACUCCUGGAAAAAAUUUCACAAGGAGUAAGAGUUUGAAAAUUUUGCGAAACAUGAAAAAGAGUAUCUGUAAUUCUUCCCCACCAAACAAGCCUGCAGACUCUGUUCAGUCAAAUAACUCCAGGUCCUUUCUGAAUCUUGGUUUUGCAAAUCGUUUUUCAAAACCCAAAGGACCAAGGGACCCACCAUCAACUUGGAAUAUUUAACACAACUUUGGAAUAUAGGCUG